GUAUUGCUGAAACACAAGACUGGAGAAAGUGUCAAGAUGUUGUGAAUGAAUUUCGCAAUUGUAUGGAAGUGUACAGGAAGAAACAGAUUAGUGCUGAAGGAAAUUGAGAAAGCUAAAAGUUAAUGACAUGGACGUCUACACGGCCUUCUUUGCAGGGGCAGGAAUAGCCUGUACUUGUCAGCUUCUUUUGAGCAGGGGCAUCCUUAAAAAAAGCAGUAUUUGGAAGGUUGCAAUAGAAGCAGCACAGACAGGACAUAAUGUGAAAAUGGUGUUAAUUGUCAGACCUGAUUUACAAAUGGGCAAAGGGAAAGUGGCUUCUCAGUGUGCCCAUGCAGCUUUGUCUUGUUACAAAAGGUGCCAGACGAGAGCUCCAGAUAUUUUAAAUUUAUGGGAGUGUAUAGGCCAGCCUAAAAUAAUUGUCAAAGGAGAUAAGGAUGGAGAAGAGUGUUUAUUAGAACUCAAGAGAAAAGCAGAAGAGCUAAAUCUUGUUUCAUGUCUCAUACGAGAUGCAGGAAGAACUCAAUUAGAACCUGGAUGUGCAACUGUUUUAGGAAUAGGCCCAGGACCUAGUCCGUUAGUAGAUAAAGUGACAAAACACCUUAAAUUGUUGUAAUCAUUUUAUGUAGAGCAUAAAGUCACAGUUUCAUGUACAAAUAUGUGUUAAACAUGGAUUCAGUUUCUCCAUUUCUGUACUUGACAAACAAAGCUGCUAAAGGUACAGAAGACCAAA